AUGGCCAGUGGCGAAUCACUAAAUAUCGAUGCAAUUCUCGCUGUUCUUCGACGCUUCUCUCAACUUGAAGGCCAGAAGCAACCAAACGAAACGCACGGCUACGGAACUGUUGCUUCUUCCAAGAUUGAACUCAGUUAUACAUCUAGGAGUCCAAUCCCAUUACUCUUGCCCGCGGCCCCAUUCAAGAACUCUUCCCCAUUGAAAGUUCUGGACACUAAAAACCCAGAUUUUGCGGAAGAGCUGGGUUUGGCAAGACUCGAUCAUCUCUGCAAUGAGUUAGCGAAGGUGUAUCGUUAUGGUGCGGAGCUUACUAUAGUAUCUGAUGGUCCUGUCUACAACGAUCUGCUGUGUAUACCUGGUUCUGAUUUCUAUGAUUACGGUAUCAAACUACGAAAGAUUGCAGCAGAUCAAGGAUUCACGCGCAUCCGAUUUAGACGCCUGGCGGACGUACUCGGGAUCGCUAAUGGAGAUUCCUUAUCUAAGGAUGAAUAUAUAGCCUUGGCUGGUACUUGCCGAGCCGAAAUGGAGGCCAGAUUUCUGCCCGAUCAGGCAGAGAUCAAGGAAAAGAUUGAAACCCACAAAGACACAAACCUCACAUACCAAGCAUACGUCAAGCUCACGGAUGAGGAUUUGCGAUGGGGCCCUGAUCUUGAUCCAGAAGUCAAGAAUGAUAAGGAGAGAUACGCCGAAGAGACUAAGAAGGUUGCAGUCAAGAUGACUGAGCGCCUGCUUGCUUAUGAGAGAGCCUUAGAAGCUGCCUUUCCUGAUCACAUUAGACUUUCUAUUCACCGAUCCACAGGCGAAUCCAAGAUCCCGGUUCCUUUGAUACCUCAACUGGAUGGUUUUGGACUUCAACCUUGGCACUGUUGUGUUGUAGUAACAGCUCAAGGGCGGUACGUAACUGGCCACUUCAAAGAUUACCAACACAACGACAACUAUGAAAUCAUUCAAAAGGAUGGAAGACCUUUUCUCGUACGGGAGAAGAAUGACGAUUUCAACUGGCCCGAACAUAUUAAGCUACAUCAUACGUAUGGAGGCAAAGUGAUGGUUGAGAAUACGCUGCUGGAAGAUAUGGAACUCACUACGGAGUGGAAAGUGAAACUUGCUAAUCUCGCACUGAGAUUCAAAACUGUGGAAGUACGAGGGUUUCAGAUCUAA